AUGGCGUUUAUUAAAGAGGAGUGUGAAGAUUUGAAGAUUGAAGAAACAUUCAGAGUCAAACAGGAAGAUCUGCAGGAACAAACAGACCUAAUUGAAGAGAAUAAGGGGAGUAAAGAGGAGGAACAUCAUGUCAAAAUUGAGGAAAAAACUCAUUCACAGACUGAUGGUAUUUUGAAAAGGAGAGGCAAGAAUCGUUUCACGUGCACUCAGUGUGGAAAGAGUUUUGGAAGAAAAGGUUAUCUUAAGAUUCACAUGAUGAUCCACACUGGAGAGAAACCAUUCACAUGCACUCAGUGUGGGAAGAGUUUCAGCCAAUCAUCAAACCUUAAUGACCACAUGAGGAUCCACACUGGAGAGAAACCAUUCACAUGCACUCAGUGUGGGAAGAGUUUCAGCCAUUCAUCAUCCUGUUAUCACCACAUGAGGAUCCACACUGGAGAGAAACCAUUCACAUGCACUCAGUGUGGGAAGAGUUUCAGCCAAUCAUCAUCCCUUAAUGACCACAUGAGGAUCCACACUGGAGAGAAACCAUUCACAUGCACUCAGUGUGGGAUGAGUUUCAGCAAAUCAUCAUCCCUUAAUUACCACAUGAGGAUCCACACUGGAGAGAAACCAUUCACAUGCACUCAGUGUGGGAAGAGUUUCAGCCAUUCAUCAUCCUAUUAUCACCACAUGAGGAUCCACACUGGAGAGAAACCAUUCACAUGCACUCAGUGUGGGAAGAGUUUCAGCCAAUCAUCAUCCCUUAAUUACCACAUGAGGAUCCACACUGGAGAGAAACCAUUCACAUGCACUCAGUGUGGGAAGAGUUUCAGCCAUUCAUCAUCCUAUUAUCACCACAUGAGGAUCCACACUGGAGAGAAACCAUUCACAUGCACUCAGUGUGGGAAGAGUUUCAGCUGCUCAUCACACCUUAAUCACCACAUGAGGAUCCACACUGGAGAGAAACCAUUCACAUGCACUCAGUGUGGGAAGAGUUUCAGCCAAUCAUCAUCCCUUAAUCACCACAUGAGGAUCCACACUGGAGAGAAACCAUUCACAUGCACUCAGUGUGGGAAGAGUUUCAGCCAUUCAUCAUCCUAUUAUCACCACAUGAGGAUCCACACUGGAGAGAAACCAUUCACAUGCACUCAGUGUGGGAAGAGUUUCAGCUGCUCAUCAUCCCUUAAUCACCACAUGAGGAUUCACACGGGAGAGAAACCAUUCACAUGCACUCAGUGUGGGAAGAGUUUCAGCCAAUCAUCGUCCCUUAAAAAACACAUGAGGAUCCACACUGGAGAGAAACCAUUCAUAUGCACUCAGUGUGGGAAGAGUUUCAGCCAAUCAUCAUCCCUUAAAAAACACAUGAGGAUCCACACUGGAGAGAAACCAUUCACCUGCACUCAGUGUGGAAAGACGUUGGCAAGCAAAAGCAAACUUAAGAUUCACAUGAUAACCCACACUGGAGAGAAACCAUUCACUUGCACUCAGUGUGGGAAGAGUUUCAGCCAAUCAUCACACCUCAAUCGACACACGAGGAUCCACACUGGAGAGAAACCAUUCACAUGCAUUCUAUGUGGGAAGAGUUUUAACUGCUCAUCACACCUUAAUCUACACAUGAGGAUCCACACUGGAGAGAAACCAUUCACAUGCACUCGGUGUGGAAAGAAUUUUAGCCAAUCAUCAUCCCUUAAUCAGCACAUGAAGAUCCACACUGGAGACAAACCAUUUACAUGCACUCAGUGUGGAAAGAGUUUUAACUGCUCAUCACACCUUAAUCUACACAUGAGGAUCCACACUGGAGAGAAACCAUUCACAUGCACUCAAUGUGGGAAAAGUUUCAGCCAAUCAUCAUCCCUUAAUCUACACGUGAUGAGCCACACUGGUGACAAACCAUUCACAUGCACUCAAAGUGGGAAAAGUUUUAGUCUAUCAUCAUCCCUUAAGCUGCGGUCACACUUGGCUUUUCCUCCCAUAGACUUCCAUUCCUACGCACACGAAUACGUCAGACCGGAAACGCGGGGUCAUGCGUCGAGUUUCGCAGGUUGCUGCGGUGCAAAGUUCAAGCUUGGUGAACUCUAACCUGCGAAAUCGCAUCACUUGGCUGCGUGAGACCAAUUGAGGAUUAAAACACAACCUCUCUGGACAGAAAUUUUAAAUAUUGAGCAAUCGCUCGCUUUUUUAAAUGUCUAAUUAUCUUGUUUAAUCCCGCCCCUUUUCGCAGCGCCGUACGACAGAAUUUCGCACACACAAAGCCCGGUGUGACCGUAGCUUUAAUCUAC